ACUCCCAUUGCUCAUAGCAACCCCGUUUGCUUCCCUUUUUACGGAAAAAAAAAAAAAAUCUGCCAAUUCCCUAGAAACCUCAUCAGAAAAAAAACCAGGCUUAGCAAAAAGCCACUUACAGUAUUACAAAAAUAUUACAAAAGUAUUCUAGGAGUCCACAAAAACCAAAGGAUCAUUCAACCAAGCCCCAUACCAAAACAUCUUAUAGUCUAAUCACUAUUCUUUUACCCUCAUUCAUUCACCUAUAUCACUACACCAACCCUUCCAUCUUCCUUCAAACUUCAAACCCUCUCUCUCUCACACUCUCUUCCUCUUCUUCAAUUCCCAUCCAAUUAUCCUUUCAUUCUUGAUCUCUUCUAAUCUUCUCCCUCCACCUUCAACCAUGACAACCAGCUACAAAGACCCCAUCUAGACUAAAUUCAAUUUGUAAGAUUGAGUUACGUUUUGAAUAUGUCUAAGAUCUAUAAUUCAUUUUCUUAAGCGAUACCAACGGAUCACUAACCAUGAUGAACUCAAACUCACACUCACACUCUCACUCACUCCAAGAUUUUGAAUCCUCUUCAAGCAAAGACAACAUAAACCCUAUGACAAACAACAACAACAACAACAUAGGUGCCUCAUCAGCAUCAUCCUCAUCAACAACAACGACAACAACAUCAUCACCACCUUCGACUCCAAGUCGCUACGAGAAUCAAAAGCGAAGGGAUUGGAACACUUUCGGGCAAUACCUGAGAAACCACAGGCCCCCACUUUCCCUCUCUCGCUGCAGUGGCGCACACGUUCUUGAGUUCCUGCGCUACCUCGACCAGUUCGGGAAAACCAAGGUUCACACGCAGCUUUGUCCCUUCUUCGGGCACCCGAACCCUCCUGCACCGUGUCCCUGCCCUCUGCGCCAAGCGUGGGGGAGCCUCGACGCCCUCAUAGGUCGCCUCAGAGCUGCGUUCGAAGAGAACGGAGGAAAACCUGAGGCUAACCCUUUCGGUGCUCGCGCUGUCAGACUCUACCUUCGCGAAGUUCGUGACUCGCAGGCCAAAGCUAGAGGCAUCAGCUAUGAGAAGAAGAAGCGCAAGCGUCCACCUCACCCACCUCCAUCAAAUUCAACCUCUCAGUAGAUCCAAGUAUAUAUAAUCAUAUAUAUAUAUUGUGAUCUGACAUGAGGUUAAUGAAGGAUAUAGGCUUCGAGAACCUUAAUGUUAUCACUGGCAGGUGUAAUUUACGUGGAUAGAGAAAUCUUGAGAACUUUAUGCGCGAUUUGAAACCUUGGGGUUACUGCUAUAUACACAAGACUUGCCCUGCGAAACUAGACUGAAAAAAUGUGCGAUGAUGGAAACUGCAGUGUUACUGGUAGAAGGGUGAAGAGAGGGGUUAUUUUGUGAGCUAUUCACUGUCCAAUUUGUAAUAAAUAUGUUAUGUACUUGAAGGUGGGUCAUUUAUGACGAGUAAUGGACUUGCAGAUCAUGUUCCAUGUCUUCUUUGGAUGCGGUAAAAUGCUAUUACUUGUGUUUUCUUUUUACCCCCAUCAAUUACUCCCACUACUACAUAGUGUUCUGCAAACUAUCACUUCAUCAUCCACCGGUUAAUUUCUGGCAUUACUAUACAAUUUUUUUUCCCUAUGUUUUCGUGCUUUUGGGUUUUGAUCAGAUCCCAGGGGGGCCCUAUCGAGAGUUGAGUUCAGGGAUUUCGUGUGGUGUUCAUUCAUAAAUAUGUAAACUGUAGAAAGCGUGGCUCUGAACAAUGCUUGAAACUGUUAUGUAGUUGGUUGCAUCACGAGCUUAGUUGGUGUUUCUUUGGAGUUUGUGCACUUAAUGAAA